AUGAAAACCUCAUCAUUAACAAGCCUGAUGGCUUUAAAUACCAUCACGCAUGCACAGACAGAUGCAAUUUCAAUGCCCAUUCGUCACCUGUAUGGAUCGUUGAGUAAGGUGACUACACCGGUGACGGUGGGCAGUGGGAAUGAAGAGAUUGGGCAGAGUAUUGAGGUCGUGGUGGAUUAUGGGAGUGCGGAUUUUUGGGUCUUCGCACCAAACGCAACCAUAAACUACGGAUCCCAAUACCUCGGGUUCACCGGUCCAUGCAACACCAGUCCUUCCUACUACUACCACCCCGACAACGCCACCCUCUCCAACUUCACCGGAUCCUACGCCUACGGCGGGAAUUCCAAAAUCCUCGAGGCCAACCAUUCCGUAAACGAUACCCUGUAUUUCCCUUCCAGCCCCUCCAUCCCUAAUAUCGAAAUCGCGCUCGUCUCUUCCGGCGUCGUACGUCAGUAUGUUGCCGACGGGGAGCCCUGUCCAGAACUCUCCUACGACUACGGGAUCAUGGGUCUAUGUUCCUCAACCUCCAGUAACAGCGGUCCGAAUCUCAAAACUAAUCUCCUAAACCAAGGACGCAUUUCCGCACCCAUCGCUUCGAUGUAUUUCGCGCCUCCGCCAGCCGACGCAUCGAUCACGCAUAAUUUCACCGGAACCCUCCUCCUGGGUGCGCUCCCCCCCGCGGAUUCCUAUACCGGGGAACUCACCCCCGUACCUAUCGUCACACCGGAGGACGGAAGCGGAUAUUACAUUUCCCAGCCCAUCAUCUCGCACGCCAAUACAUCCAUCCCCACCGACUACCCCACCGAAACCUGUCUCGUGGAUUCCGGCUCCAUCGCUCUCACCCUCCCCUACGCAUACGACAACACCGCGUUCCUCGAACGUGCCGGCUUCCAAAACUACGAAAACGCUAUCGUGUACCCAUCCAACUGCGAAGAGAUCCCCCGCGAUCUGACGCUCGAUUUUGAGUUUACCGGUAAGGGAAAUGCAGCGGUGAGUGUGAGAGUGCCGUAUAGGUAUUUGGCUCGAGGAUCAUCAGGUCCCGGGGGCGUCACGCCAGAGGGUAUGUGUGUGUUGAGUGUGGCGAUGGGGAGUGGGUGCACGUUUGGGGCGCCGUGGUUUUUGGGCGCGAGUGUCGCGGCGGAUGAUGGGGAGGGGGUGGUGUGGAUUGCGCAGGGGGUUUUGUAG